AUGGAAAAGUCAAGUUAUUUGCAAGUAGUUAGUAAAUUAAAGUACAAGAGAUCUGAUGCCACAGAGGAACAAAGAAUGUCAGACUUAACAAAAUAUGAUCAGACUCAAUGUAUGGAAAACCUUCAUGAGCUAAAUGAAAGGUUUGUCAAAUACAUCAACAGAGCCCGGGUACUGGAGCAAAGAAAUGCUGUGUUCAAGAAGCAGCUGGAGACCCUUCAGAGAAUGGAGGAAAUCUCUGGUUUGGAAGAAGCUUUUACAGAACAACUUAUAUUCAACCGUCAGAGACUGAAAGAGCUAUGUGCAGACCAGUCAAAGUUAGAAAGAGAGCUCAGAAACUCUCAAAGUACACUUGAUGAAUUCUGGACCAAGUACAGAAAUGAAUGUGAGUGUCAAGAACAACUAAGAGGAACACUUGAGCACCUAAAUAAGGAAGCAGAUGAAGCCCUUUUAGAUAACCUGGCACUACAGAUUCAGCUGCAGUUCUUGCAGGAUGAUAUGAAUGCAACUAAGGACAGAUAUAAGAAGAAUCUAAAGGAAGUUCAAACAUAUGUCAACAUUCUGCAGCAAAUUGUACAGACAACCCCAUGUGCAGUAGCUCUAACAGGAGGACUAUACAUGCUGAGUACACCUAGUGAUAACAAGCAGCUAUUACGUACUGUGCAAGAUAAUGGCAGCCUAUUGGAAGCUCAAGCUUCAUCAACGAGCAUCACAGAACUUCAAGAAAUUAAGCACAAUCCUACAGACUACUUCAACACUAGAACACUCAAAUUCUCAACAGAACCCCGUUUCUUAUCAGACCAUUCAAGGAUAACGCUAGAAAUAAACUUAACACAGAACCCAGCUAAUAUAAUUCCCACUUGGUCCUUGAAUCCAAAUCUCCUACAAGACAAAUCCCUAAUCAGUGAGAUUAACCUAGUGUUAAAAGAUCUAUUUAGUACUCAACAAGAUGAAAGUAUUAUUUUUGAUAUCAGAUGGGCUGCAGCUAAAGCUGUACUCAGAGGUACUUUUAUUAAGAAAGCGAGCUUUCUUAAGAAAAAACGCACCAAAAGGCUUACUGAAUUACACCAGGAUAUUACCAAUCUAGAUAAGAAACUAAUUGAUAAUUACUCUGAAAACACAGAAAAGGAAUUAAUUGCAAAACAAAAAGAGCUGUCUGAAUUUCACCAAUCCAAUCUUUCUAUAUGGGAAUAUAGAUGUAUAGCCAAAUACUCAGAAUAUAUACAAACCCCCUCUAAAUCAUUAGCGAGCCUAAUCCUUAAUACACCUAGAUCUCCUAGAAUUUCCUGCCUUCAGUACAACAACCAAUUAUACAGAUCGGAUGAAAAUAUUAUUCAACUUUUCCAUCAGAUAUAUUCUCAAACUUACAACAAUAGUAACUUUAUGACUACCAAAGAAGAGAUGAAAACCUUUUUAAAAGAGAUUACCUUCCCAUCAGCUACUGAACCACAAAGAAACCUACUAGCGUCCCAGAUUACGACAAAGGAAAUCCUAGAAGCUAUUGAUAAUCUGAAAAUAGGAAAGGCCCCAGGACCAGAUGGUUUUUCCCCCGAAUUCUAUAAGACAUUUAAAGAAACCCUAACCCCUAUUCUCUUAGAACUAUUUAAAUCCUUGAUCAACUAUGGCAUCAAAGACUCAUACAUCAAUGAUUCCAGAACUAUCCUGAUUCCCAAAAAUACAUCAGACACUACAAACCCCAAUAACUAUAGACCAAUAUCACUUAUGAACGUGGACAUUAAGAUUCUUUCCUCCAUUCUAGCUAAUAGAUUGAAAAAAGUAAUGGAGGACUUAAUCUCCCCUGAACAGGCUGGUUUUCAAACUCCAGGGACCAAAGGGAGAGCUGCUGCACUUCAAAAUCAGCUUGAGGAGUUCAAGACUGCCCUCUGUCAUUUUCAAACAGAAAAACAGAAAAUGCAAACUGAGAUUGCCCUGCUGGAGCAGACAAUAAAGAGUACCCAGGAGAGCUAUGAUGAUGAAAUACAACUUUACAAUGAAAAAAUCGAUGACCUGAGAAAAGAAUUAGAUGAGAUGGAGAAGAUUCUUGAAAAGCACACAAGUGUUAGUCAUCGACUCAUGAUGUACAAGCAAGCCUUAGAAAAUGAAGUGGACAGAUAUAAGCAGAUCAUCGACAAUGAGGGUAACAGACUGAAUUCUGCAAUAGCUGGAGUCCCUGUUACCAUCUUCACACAGAGUAUUUCCUACAGCCAUCCUCCUGUGACAAGAACAAAAGACAUUACUCUGGCUAUCCAAGACAUUACAUCAGCAAAGCAAAGACAAAAAAGCAAUCCAAAGAAAUUAUCAAAGAUGAUGGUGAUUGUGACCAAAGAAAAGUCAGUUGAUGAUAAUGAGGGCAAUGCUGAAAUUGAAGAAGAUGAUGAGGGUCAGAGUAAGUUACAAGCAGAAGAAGUUGUUGAAAGAGCAGAAGCAGAAGAGGAAAUGCAUCCAUGUAAUGAAGCAUCAGAAGAUGUUCCCGAUGGCACACAGAUAAGUAAAGUUUUUGACACAUUGUGCAGCGUUGUAAAGGAGCGAAUGAGAAGACACAAGAAGCCAGAGCCAAUAGUGAAUAUCUUUACCAAAGGUCGCUAUGUACUUGUGACAGGAGAAGCAAGUUAUGUGGACCCAUUCUUCAUUUCAUCCUCUCCUGCUGGUAGUCAGGUCAUUGUUAAUAUCCUAAAUGGUAUGCCGACUGAUGAAGGUAAUAGCCAACCAACAAUUCCACUGCCUGAGCCUUUCACAGGUAAAGGUAAUGAAGUAUCAAAACCAGGUCAUGCAGGUGAUAGUUCUGACGUUCUUACAGAGCAUGAGGGCAUAGAUGAAAAUAGAGAUAAAGGCAAAACAGAUGCAGAUAAAAAUGACAAUGUCAACCAUCCUCAUGAAACAAACUCCCAUGAAUGUUGUCAAGGUAAAAAUCAAGAGGAUUCUUUCAAAUCUAAGAGUUAUGAAAAGGUUGAAGUUGUAGAGUCAAUCGAGCAUGUUUCAGAGCACAAAAACAGGGCUUAUGAAGAAACAGCUAUGAUUGUAGAAACUGUGAUUGAAAAAACAAGGAAAAAGAAGCAUGGGGGGAAAACUGCAUAA